CUUGCUGCGCGUCUGGAGAGGAGGUUCUGUCAGGCCGGGGGUGGUGGUGGAGGACGGGGGCGAAAGAGGAAGGAGGCUCCGGGAGCAAGCGAGACAAAAAAGGGUCAGCCCUGGGACUUGGGAGAACUGGGUAACGAACACACGGAGAGAAGACAAGAAGGGUCAUCUCUAAUUUCAUCAUUUUUUUUUUUCUGGGUUCCUUUUUGAAGUUCAUUUUCACUGGAAACUUCCCCCCCUCCAAUCUCACCGCCAUUCAUCUGACAUCUGCCCCCCUCAACUCCCCUCUCGGCCCCCACCAUAAAAGCCUGUAAGUCUCAACAAUGCCAUCCAACACUGUCACCAACUCCAACUCCAUCUCAUGCAAAGGCUCGGAUUUCGUGGAUUCACCCGGAAACAGAAUGGGUGAGAGCGUAUUACUGGACGUGGGACAAAUGAAGGAGCCGAGGUCAACGUUUAGCAGUGCCUCCUUUAAAGUUGGAAAACCUGGAAGGAAGCGUAAGCAGUUCCCAGUCGAGAGCUGCGGAUCCAUCACGGGCUGCGCGAGCGUUUGCAACAGUUACCUCGAGCUGUGCCGGCCAUCCAUAUCGCAAGUCUACAACGGAGAAACCGACUCACGCGGAGACAAGACGCCCGACGCCUGCUUCCCCAGACAGGAGAAGCGGGAAGUGGAGAAUGGAAUUCCCAGAUGCCCGUCCUCCUACCAGGAGGAGGACGGCUCCCAGGGUCAGAGCCCCAGUCCCUCCCAGGAGAACGGCUUCCUGUCCAGCCAGGAGGACCGGGAGCUGGAGAAAGACAAGGACGACGGCCUGAUGAUGCCGCGCAAGAAAAGAGGGAGGCGGAAACUGGAGCGGCCAACGAAGUAUGUGGAGCACAAGGAAGACGACGGGUGUGACACAAUCAAGACUGAGGGAGGUCGAGGCAGGCUACGAAGGGGAGUUGGUUGGGAGAUCAGCCUUCGACAGAGGCCAAUGCCCAGAAUAACCUUCCAGGCUGGUGACCCUUAUUACAUUAGCAAGCGGACCAGGGAGGAGUUGAUGGCCAAGUGGAAGAUGGAGGCAGAGAAAAGAGCCAAGCUAAUGUCAGAGAUCAACAUAAUGAAGGACCUGGAGAAGAACGACGCAGAGAGCCGGACAGAGGAGCUCCCAAUAACCAAACACCCGCAGCCUUCAAAGCAACAACCUCAGCCUCAGCCGCACAGCCAGCCUCUGCCGCAGCCUCAGUAUCAGCAGCAAUCACAGCCGCCUCUGCCGCAGCAAAAGCAGCAGCAGCAGCAGCAGCAACACAAGCAGCCGCCUCAACAGCAGCAACCUACUGACCCGGCUUCUCCCACUGUGGCCACCACUCCGGAGCCUGUCGCCAUCGGAGGAGAGGAAAAAACUUCCCAAAAGUCUUCAGACACUGAGCCCGAGUAUGAGGACGGCCGUGGUUUUGGCAUCGGCGAGCUGGUUUGGGGGAAGCUGCGAGGAUUUUCUUGGUGGCCAGGCCGCAUCGUAUCCUGGUCUGUGACGGGCCGGAGCAGAGCCGCCGAGGGAACCAGAUGGGUCAUGUGGUUUGGAGACGGGAAAUUCUCAGUGGUAUGUGUAGAGAAACUUCUGCCUUUAAGUUCAUUUAAUAAUGCCUUUCACCAACCAACUUACAACAAACAGCCCAUGUACAAGAAAGCAAUCUACGAAGUGUUACAGGUGGCUAGUAGCCGGGCAGGGAAAGCCUUCAUAGCCUGCCCCGACAGCGAUGAAAGUGAAACCUCCAAAUCAGUGGACAUGUUAAACAAGGAGAUGAUUGAGUGGGCGAUGACCGGGUUUCAGCCCACUGGACCUAAGGGCUUAGAGCCUCCUGAAGAGGAGCGUAACUCCGAGGUUUACCCCGAGAUGUGGGUGGAGCCCGAAGCGGCGGCCUACACGCCCCCCCCAGCCAAAAAGCCUCGCAAAAGCACGGUGGAGAAACCAAAAGUCAAGGACAUCAUCGAUGAGAGGACACGAGAGCGACUUGUUUAUGAAGUGAGACAAAAGUGCCGCAGCUUGGAGGACAUCUGCAUCUCUUGUGGAAGUCUGAACGUGAGCCUGGAGCACCCGCUGUUCGCUGGAGGAAUGUGCCAGAGCUGCAAGAACUGCUUCCUGGAAUGUGCGUACCAAUACGACGAUGACGGUUAUCAGUCGUACUGCACUAUUUGCUGCGGCGGACGUGAGGUGCUCAUGUGUGGAAACAACAACUGCUGCAGGUGUUUCUGUGUGGAAUGUGUAGACCUCCUCGUCGGUCAAGGAGCCGCCCACGCUGCCAUCAAAGAGGACCCGUGGAACUGCUUCAUGUGCAGUCCGAAGGGCGUGUUUGGCCUUCUGGAGCGCCGCUCAGACUGGCCCGACCAUCUGCAGCUCUUCUUCGCAAAUAAUCAUGACCAAGAUUUCGAUCCACCAAAGCUUUAUCCCCCAGUCCUGGUGGAGAAGAGGAGGCCCAUUCGUGUUCUGUCGCUGUUUGAUGGCAUAGCAACAGGACUGCUGGUGUUAAAAGAACUUGGCAUCCAAGUGGAUCGCUACGUAGCGUCCGAGGUGUGUGAAGACUCAAUCACAGUGGGCAUGGUCCGACAUCAGGGGCGGAUCAUGUACGUUGGGGAUGUGAGGAGUGUCACACGCAAACAUAUUCAGGAGUGGGGUCCGUUUGACCUCGUCAUUGGUGGAAGUCCCUGCAACGACCUCUCGAUAGUCAAUCCUGCUCGGAAGGGCGUUUAUGGAGGCAGCGGCCGCCUCUUCUUUGAGUUCUACCGGCUGCUCCACGAGGCUCGGCCGAAGGAAGGAGACGACAGACCGUUCUUCUGGCUCUUUGAAAACGUUGUUGCGAUGGGUGUGAGCGACAAGAGGGACAUCUCUCGCUUUUUAGAGUGUAAUCCAGUUAUGAUUGAUGCCAAGGAGGUGUCUGCUGCCCACCGCGCCCGUUACUUUUGGGGUAACCUCCCUGGCAUGAACAGACCUCUGUCGGCCAUGUGCUCCGACAGGCUGGACCUCCAGGACUGUUUGGAGCACGGCAGAACGGCAAAGUUUGAGAAGGUGAGGACCAUCACCACCAGGUCUAACUCCAUCAAGCAAGGGAAGGACCAGCAUUAUCCCGUCUAUAUGAAUGAAAAAGAAGACAUCCUCUGGUGCCCUGAGAUGGAAAGGGUAUUCGGCUUCCCAGUCCACUAUACAGACGUUUCCAACAUGAGCCGACUGGCGAGGCAGAGGCUCCUGGGCCGAGCGUGGAGCGUCCCCGUCAUCCGCCACCUGUUUGCACCACUUAAAGAUUACUUUGCCUGUGUUUGAGGAGCGAGACGUUGCCUUUCAGGCUAUUUAGGAACUAGAAAUAAUAAGAGCCUUGAUUCUCAGAUUAUACUUAUACGUACAGUACAGACCAAAAGUUUGGACACACCUUUUAAUUCAAUGAGUUUCCUUUAUUUUCAUGACUAUUGACA